GCUACGAUUCAUAAACCCUUCAAAUUUUAAACAGCCCAUUUCGUCUGAAUCGACAAGAGCUGAAAAUGGCGCUCUUUAGAGCUCGUGUCUCCUCCCCUCUCCUUCGCUCAUGUCUCGGCGCUUCUUCUCGCUCUCUCUCUACUGGUGCGGGCGUGAUGGUGGAAUCGAAGAAAUGCCAUCUUUGAAGUCGAUGAUGAACCAGAUGUUGACUCUUGACAUAAGCUCUCAAUAUGGGAGCUGUAUGUCACUGUCAAAUAUGAGAAUCGGGAUGCACAUUCACAACGUUGAGCUCCGCCCAGGGCAGGGUGGGAAACUCAUGCGAGCUGCAGGGACCUCUGCAAAUAUACUUACUGAACCGAAUAGAUCAGUCAGGUAUUGUGAGAUAGUGCUGCCUUCUGGAAAGAAGAGAUUGAUAGACAAGAGAUGCCGGGCAAUGAUAGGGGCAGUGUCAAACCCUGAGCACGGAACAAAGAAGCUGAGAAAGGCAGGGCAAUCACUGUGGCUGGGGAUAAGGCCCACAGUGAGAGGUGUGGCAAUGAACCCAGUCGACCACCCCCAUGGUGGUGGUGAAGGAAAGAGCAAGAGUAGUGGGAAACACGGGCAUUGCUCGCGGACGCCGUGGGGGAAACCUACCAAGUCUGGAUACAAGACUUCCCGUACUAAGAAGAGAAAGAUUUAGACUGAUAUUCUUCCAAAAAAGAGGCAUGUUUUCUACCUUUUUUGUAGACUUCUUGUGAUGUGCUUCCUCUAUUUUCAAUUGAAGCAAAGGAAAGAAAAUAACUUUUGAGUUCGUUCA